AAACCGGAAGUGACCGUGUUUUCGGUAGCAGCAUCAUGGCGGCGCAGGUUUGAGAGCACUUUGUUUUCAUUUUUCUUGUAACGUCCAACUACAAUCUAAAGGUCCGCAAGGGGGUUUCCUUUGUAAAGUAGCAGGGGCUGGAGUUUGAUAAUAAAGUCCGAUCUUUCGGUCUGCUGUUGCUUGCUUUGGUGCUCGGUUGGCUGAAGAAUUGGAAGAUGUGCUCCCAGACCAAAGCAGCGGCUGUCAUGGCUAACAUACCGCGGACAGACAUCGACCUCGGGGUUUUUAAAUACAUCGUGAUCCGGGUUUAUAGCCGAGAGGAAGGAGACGACUCGGAGAUAGAUAUAGUCCGAGGAUACGGCUGGGCUGAGUACCACGGUGAUAUCUACGAUAAGGUUUCCGCGGAGCUGGAGGACGGAGGCCUGCUGGACUGCGAAUGUGUCGGAGGAGGCAGGAUAAAACAUAAUCCAGACGCCAAGAAGAUCCAUGUGUACGGAUACUCCUUGGGCUAUGGAAGAGCAAACCAUGCAGAGACCACAGAGAAACUGAAGGAGAAGUACCCAGACUAUGAGGUGACCUGGGAUAACGAAGGCUACUGAAAUAAAUAGCAUUAAGUAUUCUGGACUGUCAUUCAACUGAUAAAUAGACACUUCAUCAACUAUUCACUGCAUCAAGAAGGGACAACUAAUGCAUAAUUGUCAUUGUUUGACAUCACACAAUCUCAUUUAUUGUUUUUACAACCUCCUUCGGUUGUGCUAAUGUUCAAGAUACUACCUAAAUAUUAGCGUAAUCAGUUUUUAAGUCCAGAUUAUGUGGAGGAAAACAUUUAAAUGUUGAUAGUUCUACAGGAUGAACAUUGUGUUUCCAACUCUUUAUUGAAAAAGAGUUGAACUCCUACUGUAGUAAAUGUAGUAAAUAAUUAAUAAAAUACAUCAUUUUUUUGUUUA